AAGCUUAUCAGACACCACUUUCAUCUCGCUAUGCAUCAAAAGAGAUGAGUCAUCUCUUUUCCUCUAGAAUGCGUUUUCAAACUUGGAGAAAGCUCUGGCUCAACUUGGCAAUCGCUGAGAAAGAGCUCGGUUUACCAAUCUCAGAUGAAGCAAUUAAACAGAUGUCAGAUAAUUUGACUAUAGAUGAGGAUCAAAUGAAGAUUGCUGCUGAAGAAGAAAAGCGUCGUCGUCAUGAUGUCAUGGCACACGUUCACACUUUCGGUGUUGUCGCACCAGAAGCAGCUGGUAUCAUCCAUUUAGGAGCAACUUCUUGCUUUGUUACAGACAACGCUGAUCUUAUCUUCUUACGUGAAGGCUUAAACAUGGUCAUUGAAAAGAUCGCUAUCACAAUUGAUAGAUUCACUGCGUUCGCUGACAAGUACCGCGAUUUACCAACUUUGGGUUUCACUCACUUCCAGCCUGCUCAAUUAACUACAGUUGGAAAGCGUGCAACUUUAUGGAUCCAAGAACUUUUAUGGGAUCUUCGUAAUCUCACCAGAGCUCGUGAUGAUCUUGGAUUUAGAGGUGUUAAAGGUACAACAGGUACUCAAGCAUCUUUCCUUGCGUUAUUUGAUGGUGAUCAUGAUAAAGUUGAAGCACUUGAUAAACGCGUUACUGAGCUUCUCGGUUUCCCAUAUGCUUACCCAGUUAGCUCACAAACAUACUCUCGUAAAAUUGAUAAUGACGUCGUUCUUGCCUUAUCAAACUUCGGUUCAACUGUACACAAGAUUGCAACAGACAUUAGACUCUUAGCUCAUCUUAAGGAAGUUGAAGAACCAUUUGAAAAAGAUCAAAUUGGUUCAUCUGCUAUGGCGUACAAGCGUAACCCAAUGAGAUCUGAAAGAGCCUGCUCAUUAGCUAGACAUUUAAUUUCUUUAUCACAGGAUGUUUUAAAUACUAGCGCAGUACAAUGGUUUGAAAGAACAUUAGACGAUUCAGCAAUCAGAAGAAUCAGUUUGCCUUCUGCUUUCUUAACCGCUGAUAUCCUUUUAUCAAUUUUGCAAAACAUUAGCGAAGGUUUAGUCGUUUACCCUGCAAUCAUUGGUAGAAGAAUUUCACAAGAAUUGCCUUUCAUGGCAACCGAAAACAUUAUUAUGGCCAUUGUUAAAAAAGGCGGUGAUAGACAAGAAUGUCACGAAAAGAUCAGAGUUUUAUCACAUGAAGCAGGUAGAGAAGUUAAAGAAUUUGGUAGAGAAAAUGACUUGAUUGAGAGAGUCAAAAAGGAUUCAUUCUUUGCGCCAAUCGUUAACGAUUUAGAUAAACUUCUUGAUCCAAAAUCUUUCGUCGGUAGAGCCCCUGAGCAGGUUGAUAGCUUCAUACUUAACUGGGUUAAACCUGCACUUCAACCACAUCAAGAAGUAAUUUCAAAUGCCAAGGCUGCUCAACUGAAUGUUUAGAUUACUCGCCCGUUUAAGGAUUUUUGCUUAAAUUUCAAUGAUUGUUCAAAAAGGAAUAAAU